GGGCGACGUGCGCCAGGAGCGCUGCGAGGGUCCGGGCGGAGCUGUGGCGGCUUCCAUUUCCGGCUGGCGCCCGCCAAGAAAACCCCCGAAGCGGCCCUUCCCUCAGGCUGGAGGGGUCUGCCUGCUGGAGAGUUCCGAUGGAGGGGUCGAGGGUGCCCGCGCUCUUUCGGGAAGCCAACCGGGAGUUCGAGCAGGGAGACGACGAGCAAUCCGGCUGGGGAGAGCCCGCGCCCCCCGCCUCCCCGGGCCUUGGGAAUUCGAGAGGAAGGCGGACACCCCCGGACGCCCAGAUGACGGUGGAGAUCGGUGCAGCCGGUGCCGUGCCCGCCAGCCGCCGGUCGCCGGAGCCGGAGGAGCGCCCGGCUCCCCCGGCUGCCCACGUGGCCCUGGCAGUCAAGGACAUGGAGCGCUUGAUGGGGGAGUUCGGCGUGGAUCUGGCCACGGUCACUCACGCUUUUCUGAAGAACAGCGGGGAAGUGUCCGCCGUGGCCAGCUGCCUGCGGACCGGCCGCCGUCCGGACGGGCGGCCUGUUUGGAACAGACAGGACGAUGAGGACUUGCUGAAAGGCCGAGAGGGAGCCAGGAAUAACUUAGAAACAAAAUACGGAGUAGGAAAUGUAAAUAAACGAGUGUUGUUCAGGAAAAGUUUGUGCCAGGAGUGAAAAUCACCAAAGCUGCUGCAGUAGGGACAAUUGUCUUUUGUGCAAUUUUUAUUUCCAGAGUAAACUGUUUACUGUUAAUUAGGAUUGAAGUUGUUCUUGAAUGGUCAAUGUGAAUCUGACAAUAAAGUUUUACAGAACAGUC